CGGGCGCGGAUGGCGCUGGCGGGCGCGGCGGCGCGGGUGGCCGCGGUGCACGGCGCGGCGGAGCUGCCCGAGCGGCUGCGGCUGUACGACAGCUGGGCCGCCUGCUACGAGCAGGAUGUGGCGGCGCUGCAGUACCGGGCACCGCACCUGGCCGCUGCCUCGCUCGCCAACGCCUUCCCCGGCCCGCCCGCAGGGGCGCGGCUGCUCGACGUGGCCUGUGGCACCGGGCUCGUAGCGCGGGAGCUCCACCGCCGCGGCUUCCGCUGCCUGCACGGCGUGGACGGCAGCGCGGGGAUGCUGGAACGGGCGCGGAGCACCGGGCUGUACCGUGAGCUGCGGCAGUGCGUCCUGGGCCAGGAGCCCCUGCCCGCGCCCGCAGAACACUACGACGCCGUGACGCUGGUGGGGGCCCUGGGCGAGGGGCAGGUCCCCAGCGCGGCCCUGCCGGAGCUGCUGCGUGUCACCAGGCCGGGUGGCUUUCUCUGCCUGACGACCAGGAGCAACCCUUCCAAUCUGCAGUACAAGGCGGAGCUGGAGGCAGUGCUGGAGCGGCUGGAGAGGCAAGGGGCCUGGCAGAAGGUGCUAGCCCAGGAGGUGGACUGCUGGGAAAAGGCCACCUCUGAGGAGGAGAGCACCCAGGGCACCGGCUACAUCUCUGGGGUGGUUUACAUCUAUCGGAAAUGUCCCAUGCUCCCCCUCGAGGAAGGCUGAGAGCUGGUGUGGCUCUGGGGAGCAGGGGGUGAGCACCUGACCCCUUUGAAAACCCAGCAACCCCCUCCCAGGGCAGGGCACCUGCUGGGGUGUGACGGUGUUUUGAGGGAGCGUCCCCAUUCCCUUCCCAAGUUCCUUCCCCCUGAAGUCUGGGCCCUGGGGGCCUUGCUGGGCCCCCAGCAUAGGUGGGUCUCCUGGUUUCACCAAGGUCUCCUGGGCAGCACCAUUAGCUCUGACAUUCAGGUACUGUCCCUGACACCUUGGCCCUCGCCAGUCACCAGACUGUUCAGAGCUAUCUCCUGUCUGGGAUAUCUUCUCCCUGCCUUGCCCACUCUCGGCCCUCACGGUCAAAAACUUCAUCUUCCCCACUCUACACCCCCAUGGCCUUUACGUGAGGACUGUUGGAGGUGGGUCCCCUUUGCCGUGUCCCCAGAAACGAGCCCAGUGCACCAUGAGGUGCAGGAGACCUCUACAUCCAAACCAGGAGCAGCUGUGCCAGUGUGACACCCAGACAGAGAAGCUUUCCAAGCACCACAUCAGCCUUUCAUCUUGCAAAAGCUGCUUAAGUCUCAUUUUCCUACACCUUUGUAGUUAGUGGUCUGGGUGGGAGAUGGGGCUGGAAGAGACUUCAGGAGCCAGUGGCUGCUCUCACCCAGAAGCAGCCUGUCCAGCCUGUUCCACAAGCCCCUUGCCAUGCUGCCUCCACCCCCCUUUCCUCGACUGCUCCCCUGGGAAGUUUUUUAUCCAAAUCUCUUGCUGGGAUACUUCCUUUUUUUCCUUUUCUCUUCCAUGAGACUUGUCCCUGCUUGUCUUGUUCCCAUGGCCUUGGGCAAUGGGUUACUUCUUUCCUCGUGAGCUCUUCCCAUUCCCCCACCCUGGGCAUCCCACAUCUCCCACACACCCUCCCCAUGGCUCUUGUCACCCUCCACGUGGCCUCCUCGGGUCCCUGCAGCCAUUGGGGGUAGCUGCCCUGCUCCCCUCUUGCCAUUUGUCCCCAGCACUGUCCCCUAGGCAGCUGGGGGUUGUGGCUGUCCCCCACACUUGGCUGUUGAAUAAAGCCCCUGUCCCCAUUA